UCGAGUGCUGUACUUUCCCGUGUAGCUGUGCUCAGCUCGCCUCAUAUAUCCCUGCUUGGGUCUUAAUGUGUGCUUGGGAAGUUUGAUGAAGUACGAGUUAAAUAGCUGCACGAUUCGUUAAUUAGUCGCCCCUAAAUGUGCAGUGAGAUGGACAAGGACGCUGCGCAGUACAAGUGUCUACUUGCGUGCAGAAUUAAACGACGAAAAGAAGAGAUACAGAACUUCAUCUUGGCGAGACGAAAUGAAAUUCAGAAGCGAAUAAGAUAUCGAAGAUAUCUUUUCCACAAACACGAGAGAAUGAGAAAGAUGCCGUUACCCACCAGCCUGCGCAGCCAGCGUGUCCCACACCCGUCCGGCCCAGACUGGUGGGAGAGGGCUGUGACGACCGAGUUCGGACCCCAAGACUGGCUGGAGAAGUUCCACAUCACAAGGGACAUCUUCUUCCUGCUCUGUGCCAAGCUGAAGCCACGACUGGAACAAGCGCUCCCGCGGCCCUCCAGACAGGCCGUGGCGCUAGAGAGACGCGUGGCCAUGGCGUUGAUGCGUUUGUCCACCAGCACGGAGUACCGCUACAUCAGCGAGCUGUUCGGGGUUUCCGUGCCCACCGUGUCUCACUGUGUGCGGGAGGUGUGUGAGGCCAUCAUUUUGCUCCUUAAGCCUCUUUACAUGCAUUUACCGGGCAGCCACGAGCUGGAGGAGAACGCCAGGCAGUUUCACUCGCAGUUCGGCUUCCCUCACUGCGUCGGCGUCAUCGACUCCCUGCACAUCCCCGUCAAGUCGGCAUCGCAGGUGGCUGCAGCCGUAGUGCAGGGCUGUUGGAACAGCCGGGGCUGCCGCUCAGUGGUCCUACAGGGCGUGGUGAACGCCCAGGGCAUAUUCUGGGACGUUUGUGCAGGGUUCCCCGGCAGCACCGAUGACCUGACUGUCCUGCAGAGCUCGGAGCUGUGGACCAUGGCGGGCCAGGGGGGGCUGUGCCCUCAGCCGUCGCGGCAGCUCCUGGGCCAGGUGCUGGGCUACCUCCUGCUGGGCGACGCAGGAUACCCCCUGCAGAGCUGGCUGCUGAAGUGCUACCCACCCUCCCCUCAGCUCACGCCCCAGCAGCACAGCUUCAACGCCCACCUGAGCCACUGUCACGGUGUCGUCACACACGCCUUCCAGCGGCUCCGAGCUCGCUGGCAGUGUCUGCACAGUGGGAACGACGGAGACUUGGACCUGGUGCCCAAGAUGGCUGUGGCGAGCUGCGUCCUGCACAACAUCUGCAACGUCCAUGACGUCCCGUUCAAAGAAGAGUGGCUGGUGGCGCUGAGCCGGAACGGAUGCCCCCAGCCCUGCAGCGUGGCCCCUGCGUACAUGGACGACCCCAACGCAGAGGCUGUGCGCGCCUUGCUGUGCAGCUACUUCCACCUGCAGCAGAGGAGGAAGGCGCAUGCACAGACCCUGCCCUCCUGCCCGGGCCCGGCUUGCCCCGCUCUGCCCCUGCCGCCACAUGGGGGCGCUACUGCGCCCACACAGCUGCUCACUAUGCUCUGACCCACCGCUUAUCUGUUUACAUGCGGUGAUUUGAGACCUUUUGAAAUUGUACAGUGCCCUGGAUGUAAUGCAGAAUGCGGUCAGAGGGACAGAGGAAGCAGAAGGCUGUGUGUGAAAAAAACAAAACAAAGUAGCAGAAAAAAACUAGUUUACUGUGUGCUUCUCUAAAAGUAAAACACUGGCUGGCCAUGAAAGAAUUCUAACACAAAUUAAUCCAUAAUGAUCAUGUUUAUUUUAAAUGGAGCAGUGAGUAUAUAUCAAAACGGAGCAACACGAAUUGUAUUAUGCAUGUUAUGUGUAAUGUAUGUUGGCAGUUGCUUUGAACGUUUUUGUUGCAGUACAGUCUUCCUUCUUAACUGUCUGUUGUUGGCAACAGGACAUUAAUUAUAAUUCUAUUGUAAAGGUUAAAAAUAUUAUGAAAAAUUGUAAAUUCAAAAUAUUUUAUUUUUAAUAUUGAUCUUGUAGUGAUUUUGUUUGCACAUUAUCAAUAUUAUGAAAUGUACUUGCUACUCUACAAUUGUCAUUUAUGGUGCGCCACUAAAAAUGAAAAAGUAAGUGCAAAUUACGUAACGAAUGACCAUAAUAAAGUGGAACUAGUGUAUUGUG